GAGAGAGAGAGAGAGAGAGAGAGAGAGGAGGGAGGAGGAAGAGAACACAACACAACACUGACAGGACUGCUAGCAGCAGCUUAAUGCUGUACAGUAGGUGUGAGGUUAGCUGGAGUCUUGUGCCCCCAGCCACCGAUUGCAGAGUCAGCAAUGAGUUAACAUUUUGUGUGUGUGUGUGGUGGUAGGUGGAGUUUUUCACUUUCAUGCAAAGGUGUGCCUGGAGCCCUGCUGAGAGCCAGCACAAACUGCAAGGUGAGGGAGCCUCACAGAGCCUGGCAAAGUUUUCUCUGAGUGCAGAAUCAGAGCUGGGCCCAGGAUGCUGGUGAAAGAGUACCGGAUCUGUAUGCCCCUAACCGUGGACGAGUACAAGAUUGGACAGCUGUACAUGAUCAGCAAACACAGCCAUGAACAAAGUUCGGAUGGAGAAGGAGUAGAGGUGAUCAUCAAUGAACCUUAUGAAGAUCCUGCCCAUGGUAAAGGGCAAUAUACAGAGAAGAGAGUCUACCUGAACAGCAAGCUGCCAACGUGGGUGCGAGGAUUUGUUCCAAAGAUAUUCUACAUCACAGAAAAGGCUUGGAACUAUUACCCCUAUACUAUCACAGAAUACACAUGCUCUUUUCUACCCAAAUUUCAAAUACGAAUAGAAACAAAAUUUGAAAAUAACAGCGGCUGCAAUACGCAGGUAUUUGGUGAAAAACCUACGCCAGAAGAUGAUGUUUGUCUGAUUGACAUAGCCAAUGAUGACCUUCCAGAUGGUUAUUACAAAAAAUCAGAAGACCUCAGAACAUUCCAUUCAGAUAAGACCGGCCGAGGUCCGUUACUGCAGGACUGGCUGGAGACUACACGGCCCAUUAUGUGCUCUUAUAAAUUAGUAGCAGCCAAAUUUGAGGUCUAUGGAUUUCAGUCAAGAGUUGAAAGCUUCAUACAUAAGAACAUCAAAGACAUUUUGUUGGCAGGGCACAGACAGGCUGUGGCUUGGAUGGACGAAUGGUAUGGUAUGUCACUAGAGGAUGUACGGACGUUUGAGAAAAAACUUCAGGAGGAGACAAAUUGCAAGGUCAAUUCCCAGAAAAAAGAUACAGAUACAAAGACUGAAAAUUUGCUAAACAUUGGUGGCGGAAAACACUCAAUCAACAGAUCCACCUCUUGGAAUAACGGAACGGAGGCGUGUUCUUAUACAGCUGCCAAUGGAACUGCAGAUUCCAAGCCUCGACCAAGACUGCCUUCAGCUCCAGAAUAAAGUUUAGAGAUACUUUAAAUCUUUAACUUCGUGAAAGGAUAUUGUGUAAACAAGUCCUGCAAAAAUGUUACUAGGGUCUUAUGAACAAACCAUUUACUACUUAUAUGAUAGGAUGACAAGGUCGGUUAGAUUUUCAUGAGGUUUACCUUUUCUUUGUGAGCUGCAGAAUAAUUUACAAGGCUGAGACUAGAACUUGUCAGUGUGUACACUUGCAGCACACAUAACAUGAGCAUUUAAAGGAGAGGAGAGUAUAUCUAUCUUAUUGAGAUGAUGUUUAGAAAGAGAAUCUGAUUGACUGGUUUCAGAAGUAGCUUGCAAGUUGCAGCGUUAAAAGCAAGUACAAGAGUUUGCAAUGUUGACACAACCAACAAUCACCGUCCAGAACUUUUAGCUGCAGAUGCAUUUCACCCUGCGGAAUUAUGUGAUAUAUAAAAUGUAAAUAUAUAAACCAUGUUUACCGUAUUUUGUACAAUGGAGCUAUGCCACCAAUUAAUAUUUGUACUAUUUUUAAAUUCCUUUUCUUGCCAUUGGUAAUUAUUAUAUGUAUAGAUUGUGCCAGAUUUUAUUGUGUAAUUCUGGGUAUUCAGGGAAUACAUGGUAUGGUUGAAGCACAUGUCAUGUUUAAACAGUACUGUAAAAGAUAAAUAUGUCAGCUUUCAGGUCAUGAAUUUUUGUAUACAACAACUGCAUCUGUAUAUACAGCAUAACACAAAAAAAGAGUAUAUAGAGUUGCGAUCCUGCUUUGUUUUAUUGAAACGUGAGAUGUCAGCUUUGCUCUGAUGCUUCAAUAAAACAGAAUAUGUUCAAUACUAGUGAGAGCACCCCUCUCUGAUUUACUUUAUAUGUUUAUAUAUUUGGCAAAGGACUUCCCUGACUGCAAUUUUUUACCCAUAAACAUUUAGUCAUUAUUGGGUAGAUUUACUAAAAAGUCAGACAUAAUGAUGGUUCUGCCUGCUGGGAAGGAUUGCAGAGGAGGUGACAGAGACAUUAGUAAGUAAGCAGUGUGUUGUGUCUAUGUCCUGUUGCACAAUUUAUAAGGGCUGAGUAAUGUUUUUGUACAUGUUGUGUGACUUUAAAGAAUAUUUAUUUUUGGUCUAUUUUUAUGCUUUUAUGAUCUGAAACUGUUUGUAGUGAAGAUGUUAAAGUGUAACAGUCAUCAUAAAUGAAUAUUUCCUCAUUCUGCAGUACAUUAAAAAACUUUCCAUA